GCCGACCAUGCAGCAGCCACUCUAGAUCCCGACGACUUUUACAAGAGCUUCCAGCCAGCGCGCGACCCCGAGGGCGAACCGCAGUCUCUCCCAAUGGCCUCGCCAGUCCCGCAUGCGCUGCCCUCCAGCGCUGAUGGGGCUGCUGCAAGACACCUGCAGCCGCCUGCAAAUCGCAGCGCUGGCCGUCAGGGUCUGCGCUCCGCCUCGAGCCCCCUCGACCGCAGGGCAGCCGCGACGACGAGAUCCUCCUCAACCGUCAGAGCCCCCAGCGUCAAAGAUCUGAAGAAACGCUUCGAUCAGAGCGGCGGAGCCAACUCCAUUCCAAGAGCUCCUCCACGCCAGGAGGUUCCGGUUGCUCGGAUCAGGCAGGACUCCAUCAAGCCCAAGCCAAAGCCCAAGCCGCAAGGCCCGUCUCCCUCUGCGUACUCGUCAGCAGGCCCUCGUCCUGGCGUCCCCGCCCCGGGCUCGUCCAAGCAGCCCUCGUCGUCGGCGGCCUCGACCGCGUCGUCAAACCGCCCUCUGCAGAAAUCGAGGACCGCUGAGCGCGACCAAAUGCCGGGUAGUUCGCGGUCGUUUGCCAACCGCAUUGGAAACCAUCCACCUCCACCAGACACGUCCGCUAACGGGAACUCUAUUGCCUCCAGCUCUCUAACACAUCGCCCGCACAAUUCCCCACCAUCAGCCUCCCAACCAGCGGCGCCAUCGCCAAAGUCUAAUAAUUCCCAGUUCCCAGGCCUGCUGUUCGGUGAAGUUGCCCCCGGUCAGCACAGCGCUGCCGCGGCCGGCUUUGGCAUCGACAACCUCCGCCCUCGAAGAACGUCCGAGUCCAAUGUAGAUGGCCUCGCGGGGCGUCAACGCAGCUUCUCCGACCUUGAAGCCGAGCCUGCAUCCCCCUCCAGCUGGUACAGGGACCUCCAAAUGCCCCGGGGGAGUGCACCCAAAGCUCAUCACGCGCGGUCUCGCAGCGAUAUAUCCAUACUGCCAUUUAUGCACCACAAGUCACCCGCAUCUCCCACAACGACGAUAGCAGCACUCGCUGCGGCCACGGCAACCGCGACAGCAGUUGCAGCAGCAGAAGCCGCUGCUCCACCUCCACCAGCCUCGCACACGCCAGCAGGUGCCAGCUCCAAAUUGCCCGUCUCUAUCAGCAGGAGAUUGGCCACUCCCAGCGACUCCAGUCCCACUUCCUCACGAUCGAAUUCGCCCUCUACACUUAGGAGACCGCCAACCAAUGUUCGUAGCAGCAGCAGGCAAGCCAAGGCGAACCCCCCUACGACUCGAGCGAAAACACCUACCCAAACACCUCGAAAACAACCCCCUUCGGGCUUAGUUACGCCCAAUAGCAGCAAUAACCGGCUCCAAGCGUACGUGUCCGCUGCACCGCCCAAGCUUUCACCGCCUCUAAGGAGCUCUCGGCCACGGCAACCAGUCUCUGUAGCGACAACAGCAAGCUCCCGAAUGAAGGAAACGGCCAAGACGAAGCCCCCCGCCCGGCCAACUGCCAGGGACAAUGUGAAAGAUCCCUCUUCAUCAAAGACAUAUGACCCGGCGAAGCGUAAGAUAAUAGCGGUGGGACCUAUAGACUUUGAACAGCGUCGAGAACAUAUUCGAUUAGCAUACACAAAGACCAUCCGCGAAAGCCAGGCCUUUGAAGCUCGUCAAAGAGUGGUGGAGAGGAGGAAGCAAAUGGAGGAGGCCAAGGCCAAAGCUGCAGCCACGUCUACAGCUACGGCUACGAAUUCACCUACCACUGUGACUGCUGGAGAGAAGGAAGAUGAUGAUGAUGCAAACAAAGAAACCGCGGAAGGGGAUGCAGCUCCAAAAGCAGAGACAGGGACGCAGUCGACGGGGCAGACCGACAGCCACCCCCCCCAGUCAGGGCUGGCAAAUGAGCUGCCUGGGGAGCUCGCAGCUGAUCACGGCACUCAUGCUGUGGAGAAGGGCGAGUCCCUUCCAGAAACCCCGACAGAUGCAGCCUCGCGCCCAGCACUCGGCAAGGAUAAUGAUUCGCCAACACUGGGCAUCCCUGGAACCUUCCCUGGAACCUCACCGUCCGCUAACGUAACAAAAGCCCAACGACCUCUGUCAACCAUCUCAAUUACUUCUGCUGUUACAGAGUUUGAUAUAGAGCCCCAGGCAGAGCUUUCUGACCUGGCUAUGUCCGAUCAGCCGCUCAGCCCACAAAUAAUAGUGCCGACGCGACAACGCUCUCACUACCGAAGCCCCUUUGACGAUGAUGACGACUUUCCAUCGUCGCCGCCGCAACCAUCUGCUGCGGCUCAUCCUCAUCUUCACCACCCCGUCCACAUUGACGGCCAAGAGCAGUUCAGUCCCGAGGCUUAUUAUAACAAUGAGCACCAAGAGGCCUCAUUGGAGCCCCCCGUGCAACAAAGCUACCAGCCCAUUGUGAAGAUACUACCACAGCCUUCCGCCGACGAGCUUCCAGCUGCCAAAGAGGCUGUGCAGGCAGCAUCUCAUCCCAAGCUGGAUAUUCAAGAUGAAUCUGACUGCCACUCUGAUCUAGAAAGCGUUCAGGCAAUGGCUCGUCGCAUGCGCCUCGAUGUCGAUGAUGCCGCCACUGAUGCUUGUACCGAGGAGACGGAUGAUCGGGACGGGAUGGAGGACGAGCGGUCCCCAUACCGCUAUGGCGGUCAUCUAUCAUCCAAUAGGGCCUCAACAUGCGCCUCAUCUGAUAUAGAAACCUUUGAUGAUCUCCUCUAUCCUUCCCACGACGAGCAUCUCGACGCAGGCCCACCAAACCAGUUGUUAGCACCGCCUUCAAUAUCUCGAGCUGAUAGGUCAAGUCACCAUACGGCAUGGACAAAUGUCUCUGUUGACGGCACACAUUCAGAGGCUUCAGAGUCGCCGGAUAUGCGAGCGGCCUCGUGGAAGCUAUCUGAAUCCUCGGGGAGAGAUGACUCUUCUCUGAGAAGCUUCUCCUAUAGUGGAGCAGGUGGUGUCCGCCCCUCAGUCGAUUCGACACGAUCAUCCAUUCAGCUUGGCCAGCAGCUCCCGGAAUUAGACACGGGCGGAGGCUUCUCUAUUCCGUAUCUAUCAACAGAGGCGACUGCCGAUUUUUCGUACCUAUCGUCUCCCAAGCACGAGCCACCACCUCUUCCACAUUCUGGACGAAACUCAGCCCUCGAAUCGCAAACAUCGAGCGUAUUUUAUGAGCAGUCUCAAUAUGGAAGCACUCUGGUCAACUCGGACCGCGGGAGCGGAGAGUACAUAUCCCAUCACUCAGAAACUCCUCUGUCGAUGAUGGACAUGACGACCGUGGAGACGACAGAUCAGUAUUUUGAUGGCAGGGGUGCCGUGGAUAGCGACGCCAGAUCUUUUAUCCAGGAAGCCGAGGGCCUAAGCAGCGAAGAGCGACACCGUUUGAUCCAGAGGCGAAAUGUAGUCAAAGAGCUCAUCGAUACUGAAGCUGUCUUUGUAAGAGACAUGAAUAUUAUUGAGGAGAUCUACAAAGGCACCGCAGAGGCUUGCCCCAAGCUAGAUGCGAAGAUAGUCAAGCUCAUCUUUCGAAAUAGCGACGAGAUUAUCGAAUUUCACACUUUAUUCCUCGCCAUACUCAAGGAAGCGGUUGCCAGCAUAUAUGUGCCAAAGAGCGGCCGAUCACUUGCCGUCAAGGAUGAUUCAUUCUACUCAGAGCAAAGCCAGUCAUCUAUUGUUGACCUCAGCGAUCCCAAAGACCGUGAGACUUCACUUGGCCCAGCUUUCCAAAGCAAUAUGGAAAAGAUGAAGCUUGCACACGAAGGCUUCUUGAGAAACAGCGACCAAGCAGCGAAGAAGCUCAUCCAGAUUCAACAGGAUCCUACGGUGCAGAUAUGGCUGAAUGAAUGUAACGAGGUUGCUAAAGAUCUUACAACUGCUUGGGAUCUGGAUUCCCUCCUCAUCAAACCGAUGCAGCGAAUCACCAAGUACCCCAAUCUGAUCAUGACUCUCCUCCAACACACGCCGCAGGAUCACCCUGACCGAGAGCCGCUUAUAGCAGCCAAAGAAGCCCUCGAGGACGCCAUUAUCGAAAUCAACAAGACAAAGAAGAACUUUGAGCUGGUCGGACAAAUCGUCGGUAGAAAACGUAAGGAGUCCGACGUCAAAGCUGGCCUUGCUCGAGCCUUUGGUAAAAAGGUGGACAAACUGCAGGGUGGUGCCCGGGAACCGGAAGACCCUGAAUACCUCAAGCUAGAGGAAAGAUUUAGCGACGACUACCUGCGACUACAAGUCGUCUUACGCGACGUCGAGUUCUACACCAGACAGGUUUCGUCAUACGUGCACGAGUUUUUGCAGUUUCUGUCGGCGAUUGAGCUGGUGAUGCGGCUCCAACCAGGCAGCUUCCCGGAGCUGGAGAGCAAAUGGGUUCAGUUUAACAUAUCAAUUCGUGACAUCGAGAAGAUCACUCUCGAGCUGCACUUGACGCAAAUACGAAAACAUGUCAUUGAACCCUUUGAACAUGUCAUCAAAUCUUACGGGAAUCCCUCGCUGGCCAUGAAAAAGAGGCAGAAGCGACGAAUUGUUUGGGAGCGUGCGGAGCAACUGAAGAAGGCAGGCAAAAGCAUAGAUCCCAAGCUUAAGGAGCUUGUGGAGCAGUAUGAGGCUCUCAACGACACGCUCAUCAAGGAGCUUCCAAAGCUAUCGGCAUUGACCGAAAAGAUGGGCAACAUUUGCCUAGGCAACCUUAUAAACAUACAGGCUGAUUGGUACUUUGUAUGGAGGGAAAAGAUGCGAGCUGUACUGGCGGAUGGACCCGAGGCGCCAGCACUUGAAGACAUUGUGGCAGCUUUUCAGCGAGACUUUCCCUAUGCAAACGAGAUGAUGUCCAACAUUGGCAUCAUCAACCCGGCCUACCGUGGAAGGAUCUCACAAUCGACGGCGAGUGGAGAAGACGCACUUCCCAGAACUAGGGGCCGGACUUCGGAAGCAGAGAACAGAGCAUUGAGCCAGUCUAGCCAGUCCAUGAAUGGCGAGGCAGCACCCGUCCUGCCGGCCCCCGACUUUGGUAAACGGCAUAGUGGCUCGUUUACUCUUUCUCCCAUUAGUUCGAGUGCUACUGGCAUUGGUGCAACGGCGCCAAGUCCUCACCAGUACUACUACAGAGAUUUCUAUGCAGGCCUCUCCAACAACAACAACAACAACAAUCAAGCAGGCAUGGGAUCUCCGCGGUCAGCUGAUGUGCCAACAAGCUCCCGAUCGCUUGGCAACACUCGACCGAGCACGGGUAAGAGCUUCGAUUCCUCGGCAAUGACAAUGGCGAUGGCGACGUCAAGGCAAAGUUCAGAGUCGGCGCCCCAUAUUCGGCGAGACUCUGGCAACACCUUUUACUCCAGCUAUCACCAGAAUGAGAGCCGCCGGUUCUCAAACCUGUUCCACUCGGCUCUGCCCCUCCCUGACGGCCCCGAGGAGAGUCAGCGGUCCUCCAGAGCAUCAUCACGGGAGCGUGCGCAUGCUUCAGACGGAUAUAAUGUCCUCUGGCUAGCUGCAUCGCUAUUCGAGUUUAAUAUUUCCACGACAAAACACGAGGCUGGAUAUCCCUAUUUGACAUACCAAGCCGGCGAGAUAUUUGACGUCAUUGCCGAAAAGGGCGAGCUCUGGCUCGCAAAGAACCAAGAUGACCCGUCAGACCAGGUGGGCUGGAUUUGGUCCAAGCAUUUUGCGAAAUUAGCCGACUCAUAGACAGCGCGUAUAUGAACUUUGAACAUGGCGUUGGCGCGAGGUGGAUAAAGGCGAAUGAAUAAAAAACGGAAGCGACGGAUUCACUUUUUACUUGUUAU